GCUGUAACUGCUUGUUUUUGUUUUUCGUGUAACAGCUGGUGCAGCCAAACCAUGGGUAAGGCAGGGAGCAAAGUCCUCAGAGAGGCAUCAGUGGACGGGAUUCAAGCACAGCCAACUCCUGCUGUAGCUGCGCCUGCUGCUACCAUUACAUUCGAAGGACUCACUAAAAGCGGCAAGAUGAAGGUGAAAUGGACCCAGCUGGGUUUGGUGUUCUUCCUCGUUUUAUCACUGGUGAUGACUGGAUGUUUCCUCUGGCAGUAUCAGCUGCCAAAACUUCAGCCAGGUGAGGAGAUGGGUCGCAAUGCCAAAUCAGAGAUGAUGUGCCCCCGUUUUCCCGAGCCUCUCCCACUGGAGCACCCUAUCCCUAGUCUGAAAGAGGCCCUGGAAAAGGUGGAUGUUUUGCUGCGGCAGAAUGUCAAUCCCAUCAGCCUUCCCUCUCUGUCGGCCAUUGUGAUCUUAAAUGACACUGUUUUGUGGACUGGCAACUUUGGAAAAAGAAAUGGCAGUGACCCUCUCUCGGGACCCCCCAAUGAGUACACAAUUUACAGAAUUGCCAGCUUAUCUAAAAUCUUCCCGACGCUGAUGCUCUACAGGCUGUGGGAGGAAGGGAAGAUUGGCUCCCUAGAUGAUCCUCUGGAGAAAUACGUGGAGAACUUCACCAUCAAAAACCCUUUGGGGAAAACACGGGACUCGGAGUUAAAAUAUGUGACAGAUGGUCUGAUAUUUCUGGACAGUGGAGAGGUUCAGAUCCGCUCUUCUUCAGUCACCCUUCGAAGGAUGGCCAGUCAGCUCUCAGGCCUACCCAGGAGACUCCGGGCCACAAAUCUGCUUUGGAAAGGAAAAACACAAUCUGCAAUCAAUCUGCUUCAAGAUGACGUUCUUGUCGCAGACCCAGGCACCAAAUGUCACUACAGUAACCUUGCAUUCUCGCUGCUGGCUCAUGUGAUGGCUGAGCGAGUGGCUGCAGUUGACUACCAGCGAUGGAUCACAGACAACAUCCUGGACCGGCUGGGGAUGGAGGACACUGGCUUUGACAUCACCCCAGGGCUCCAGGGGCAAACAGCGGUGGGAGUGUACUCUAACGGAAAACCAGCUCCACUCUAUGACCUGGGCUGGUACCGACCUUCUGGUCAGAUGUUCUCCACAGCAGCGGACAUGGCCAAGCUCGCCAUGAUGCUGCUGGGUGCUUAUCACCGCAAGCUGUUGGAGCCAGACUCUUUGAAGAUCAUGUUGACCCCACUCUUCAGGUGCGAUAAGGACUACUUUGCCAACCAUACUGGGACACCAUGGGAGGUUAACGAACAGAUGGGCUACGAGGUGGUGCGUAAAGAUGGUGAUCUCGAUGGCUACUCAGCCACCUUCUCCUUGGUGCCCAGACUGAAACUUGGCCUGGUGGUUCUAAUGGCUGGUAGCCGGUCUCAGAACCAGGAUGUGGUCACCAAGGCCUACAACCACAUCAUCCCAGCCAUAGAAAAAGCCUUCAGGGAGGCCAAAAAGGUCCUCUUUGCUCCACCAAACCCAGAUCCUUAUAUUGGAUUUUUCACCUACAGCAACAUCACCUUCUAUGAGAUCAAAGUUGGGCCAGACAGAGUUCUGAUCAUGCAGCAGUUUGGGCCUCAGAUUGAAGAGCUGAUCCCAGAGAAGUACAGGACAAUAAAACUCAACUACCUGGUUGAUCGGGUUUUCAGAGUGGUUUUUGAGAAAGAGUACCCUUGUGUUUUGCAAGUAGGCACGGCCUCAGUGUCCUUGGAAGCCCAAGAUGGCCAGUUAUUUAACUUCUAUAUGUUUGACAAGCAGGGUUUGUCUCCUGGUUUUGAUGCACCAGGACUGAACACAUAUAAUGUGGUCAGAAUAGCCCGCAGGCCUUCCUUCUCAAGUUGAACUGCAGCAAUGAUGCAUCCUACAGACAAAUGGUAUGUCCUUGGGAUAUGUGAAGGUCAACAAAAAGGUUGUGAAUGUAUAAAACCAAAUGGAAAAGUCUGAGUUGAAGGUGGGAUUGUGAGAGCACAGAGAGAGACAGAAACCUGUAUAAUGUCUUGCACAGAAAAUUAAUCCUUUCUGCUGAAUGAUGUAUAUGACUGUCCUUUAUUAUGCCUCCUAAUGAACAUCCACAUUAUGGUGAUAUGGUACAUGUGUUUUUCUGGCUUGCAUUUAAACCACUCAAACAUAGUCUUGACCUCUUCUGUCUUUGAGUUUUUAUGAGAGAAAACAGCAGAACUGGCUCACAACAAACUCCUGUUGUGGUCAUUUACAUGAAUAUUUAUGCACAUUUAAUUAUUUUCAAUUCUUGGGCAGUUCCACGAACUCAUCGGCUCAUACAUAUUCAUCCUUCAUUGGUGAGAGGAAAACAAUUAAUAGAAUUUCUUUAUUAAACUAUGAACUAUGGUUGUUAGAAGGUUAAAUUAGGAUAUUUUCAUGGCACUUGAAUAUGCAUCACUUUCACAACAAUACAGAUGUUGUUAAGGGUAGGUUACAGAACUGCUGAUUUAAUCUUAACAAUCACACACCUACAUGUGACUAAGAUGCAAAAUAUUUUGGCUCCCCAAUAUGACAUGAUUGAGGACAGAGAGGCUUUUGGCUGCCUGUGUGACUCUUUGCUGUUUAAUCCCCAAAAAUGGACUAGAAUUUUUUUCCGACCUCUAACACCAAAAUGAGACUGCUGCAGGAAAACGACAGAUUCAAGUGUACAAAAAUAACCCUCAUAACGCAAAGGCUGAUGUUUCACUUUUCAUAUGAAAUUGCCUGUCUGGCAGUGUGAUGGAAAUGGAACAGAUAUUGGAAAUGUUACUCUUGAAGCAUCAGGUGCAACAAGUUGACGGAAUGUGAAGUCAGUGCUGGCUAAAAAUAAAUCUAUUGUAUCCACUUUAUUUGGCAGUGGAUGAUUGAAACCACCAUUGAACUAUGUAAUGCAUUGUUGUCGCAGCCCAAGGAUUGAAGCUCAUUCUGAUGGAUGGAGAGAGGAAAAAGUAAUUUGGGUCAUGCAGUAGUGUAAGCCAGUUCUGAAACAAAAUUGUUCCAAUAUGCAAAAGAAUCCAUGUGUUGAUUCUCUGCUGUUAUUGGGGCUUGUUAUUUUUGGUAAGAUGUCAGAUGGUGCUUAUGCAGCCUUCAGAAAGGCAACAAUCACACAAUGCAAUCAUGAUGAUGAAUAAAACUCU